GUGUAAACGUAUUUGAAAGCUCAAUGUUUUGAUUCGAAAAAUUUUGCUUCUUCUAGUUUACAAUUAGGUUUAUUAUAAACACUAAACCGUUUAUCAAAGCAAUGGCCGAUCCGAAGUUCCAAUGUUUACCUUAUAUCGCUCACGACCAGCCGGAUGUGUACGAAACCCCGGACGCCCCGGAAUCUGAAACGUCCGAUUUCUACGACGAAGAGCCUGCCAACGAAAGCAUCGAGCGGCUGCACAUCUCCACCAAGGAUUCGUACAACAAGUUCAAGGGAAAGUACCUAACGGGGAAUGUGGAUUUCAGCGACCGGAUUGGAAAGAAGAUUCGUAACGGAUACGAUGCCGUUAGUGGAGAGUGGGACUUGGCGGGUGAGGGUGAAAAGGAAACGCCUAUUCAGAAGUGUCUGCGGCUGCAGUGCGAAAUGAACGAGCUGAUGGAAGAGAUUACGGCUUCGCAAGCCGAUGCCACCAAGACCAAGGAGGAAAAGGCAUCAUAUGAAGCGGUUUUUGACGUGGUCGGAACCGCAAAGAAGGUGCUGGAAAGUCUGAAGCUGGAGCAGGCGAUUGGUAGCGAAACGGUGGCCAUGGGAGCGGAAACCGAAGCGAAGAAACUGCUAACCAAGAUUGAGGAAUACAAAAAAUCCGGUGGAGCUGAUCCGGCCAAGACCGCUACCGAGCUGGUGUACAGUUCUCGGAUUGCCGAGUUGGAGCAUCGCCUUCACGAGCUGGAAGUGGCCGUGGGAGCAAAGCCGGAAAAGAUCAGUCGCCUCGCAGGUUCGGCAGGAGCCGGAAAUCUAAUCGAAGCCGUGCAAUCAAUUUCGGCAAAGGCAGCUCUCUUGCAGCCCCAACAGUUGGAUCUGAUCGAAACCCGAUUAGGGAAUUUGCUGUUGAAGAUGGCCGCUAUAGAUGAGAAAUCUGCCGCUACCGGUCAGGAUGCCAACCGGGAGCAGAAGAUCUUGGAGCUGUACGAGAUCGCCAAGACUACGGAGCCGAUCGUGCAGAUUCUGCCGGAUAUGUUGAACCGGAUGCAAACGCUGGAAUCCUUGCACAAAUAUGCUACCAACUUCAGCAAACUGUUUGCCGAAUUGGAAACAACUCAGGCAAGCAUUUUGAAGGGAAUCGCCUCGAACAAGACGCUGCUAACGGGUGUUCAGGAAGCGUUUGCGCAAAAUCUCGAGAACGUUAAUAAGGAGGUCAAGAAGCUGGACGAACGCAUGAAGACGCUUCAGGAGAAGGUAAAGUAGGGUCGUCACUCGGUGUAGUAAGCAAUCAUUCCCCCAAGACAGGAAGCGGCUCUGAUCGAUCGAUAAUAUAUGUACUAGUGCGAUCAUUAUAAUUCAGUUUUGCUUUUAGAAGUAGGUUAUAACAUAUUCGCUUAUUUAUUUUUCAAAAUUAUAUGGUGUAAUCACUGCUUUCGCUCAAAGAUGAGUGAUAUCAUUUAUCAA